AUGCAGUACGUCCGGAGCUUGGGGAGUGGUGUCUCCAAGACAUGGAAUUCCAUCAAUCCGGCAACUCUGUCGGGAGCCAUUGAUGUCAUUGUUGUUGAGCAAGACGACGGCACUCUGGCUUGUUCACCUUUCCAUGUCCGGUUCGGCAAGUUCUCUCUACUUCGACCGUCUGACAAGAAGGUUGAUUUCCGGGUCAAUGGCGUCAAGCAGAACUACGCCAUGAAGCUCGGUGACGGUGGCGAGGCGUUCUUUGUCUUUGAGACCUCAAACGACAUUCCGGAAGCCUUGCAGACUUCCCCUCUUGUCUCACCGGCCAACAGUCCACCGGUUGUGGCCACCGACCGACCACCAUCUCCUGGGCUUACAGAACCCUCGUACCUCGAUAUCACGGAGACCGAAAAGGGACGCAACGGCCUGGACGAGACAUCGCUACAGCGUCCACCUCUGCUCAUUAGACGCGAUGGCGCGAAUCUCAGUGAAGGAGAUGCCUAUGGCUCGUUUCCAGGCUCCCGAUCCGAUCUACGGGGAGGUACCUUAUCAGAAGCGACCAUCGCCGCCCAUAGCCGGGAUCGUUCUGCUUCAGAGGAGGUCUUACCUCUCGCUGCACGUGAGCAACUAGAAUCAGAGGGCGAAGCAUUCCACGGCAAUGGAAUUCCCAUCCCAUCCCGGCCCAAAUUGAAUGAAUUGAGCCUUCCCAAAUCCUCGGCCAGCCCUCCUGCGCUCAAAGCCAAGGACGCCUAUGAUCGAGCCAUGACGCUGUCUAGGAAACUGUCUUCCUCCAACAUUCGGUCGCAAAUAACCGAAUCAGGGGAUCUCAUGCUUGACAUGACAGGCUAUAAAUCCAGCGAAGAGGAAGCUCUCCGUGCCGAAGCCGUUGCGCGAAAAUUGCUCUCCGAGGAGCUUGAAGGGAACUAUGAUAUCGGAUCUCUAAUCGGGACUGACGAGAAUGGGAAUUUGUGGAUCUACAGCAGUGAAGAAGCUCGCGAAGCUGCCAGUCGUAAAGCAGUCAAUCAAAGCCUAGAGACGGCGAGUGCAGUCUCGCCAGAUAGCGCAUCCGACCCCGGCUACCACAGCGACAGCGAUCGCAGCACAUCUCCUACGCUCGCAGCCAAGAGUCAUGUGCACGGCCAGCAUCAAAGAGCGCAAUCGGAAGAACUGCCUCCAGCGCCGCGCAUAUCUGGGGAGCAGAGUCGAAACUUUGCCAAAACGCUCCGGCUGACAAGUGAUCAGCUUAAGGCACUGAAUCUCAAACGAGGAGAGAAUCAAAUGUCCUUCACGGUCAACCGGGCGACGUGUACGGCAUACAUGUUUUACUGGAUGCAUGACGUGCCAAUUGUGAUUUCCGACAUCGACGGCACCAUCACCAAAUCCGACGCGUUGGGUCACUUGCUUAACAUGAUGGGCCGUGACUGGACGCACACCGGAGUGGCGAAACUGUACUCGGACAUUGUGGCCAACGGCUUCAACAUCAUGUAUUUGACGAGUCGCUCGGUCGGGCAAGCAGAUACCACUCGGGCAUAUCUGAACGGCAUCAAUCAGGAUGGUUGGAAACUGCCUCGCGGCCCGGUUAUCCUCAGCCCGGACCGGACGAUCGCAGCAUUGCGGCGGGAGAUUUACCUGCGCAAGCCCGAGGUGUUCAAAAUGGCAUGUUUGCGAGACAUCCUGAGCCUUUUCCCGGGCAAGACGAAUCCGUUCUAUGCCGGCUUCGGCAACCGGUUUACCGAUGCAUUGAGCUACCGCAGCGUCAACAUACCUUCUAGCCGGAUCUUCACCAUCAACACCAAUGCCGAGGUUUCACUGGACUUGUUGACACUGAACAAAUACCGGAGCAGCUAUGUGACGAUGCGCGAGGUCGUUGACCAUUUCUUCCCUCCCGUGUCGACGCUGGUGAAAGAAGGCGGCGAAGAGUAUACCGAUUUUGCGUAUUGGCGCGACGCCCCGGGCGAUUUGGAGAACUUUGCCCCGACCGAUUCCGAAGGGGAGAAUGAAGGCGCGGAAGAGCUGGAGCAUGAAGACGAUGAGGAAGAGGAAGAGGACGAAGCCGAAAUCGAAUCAGGCAACGACAUGGGCGACAGUUUCGUUUCGCACGACAGUCUGGAUGAGUCGGCACUGGACGAGUCGAUCCGCGAGUCGAUUGAGGUGGACGAUGUGGCCGAGAUCUUGCAGGAUUCUAGGAUUGUUGACGAAGAUGAGGCUGACGACGAGGACGAGGACGACGACACGGAACAGGACGAAAGGCCUGAGUAUGAUCUGACGGAUGAUUACCUUGGCGGGGAGGAAACGAGUUGGAAGCGUAAAACUGGGUCACAAACGCCUAUACCCACGGGCCGACGGGUGUGA